AUGGAACUUCUGAAGUCACAAUUAAUUUUAACACACGAAAGAACCAUAAAAAUCCAUGACAAGACUUCGGAGCAGGGUUUUUGUGCAGAGUCUUUAAUGUUUAUUAGAGACCUAGCCAUUACGCUCCGGUUGUCGCAGCCAUGUGUUGCUACCGCUCAAGUUUACUUUAAUAUAGUAAUUGUGAGCUAGUUUGCUGUAAAUCACAGCAAGUUCAAGUACGACUGUCUCCUACUGGCUACAGCAUGUCUGUUUUUAGCAGGGAAAGUUCUAGAACAGCCAAGACAUUUAGAGACUUUUUGCAAAGGGUUUUAUGAGAGACGUGCAGCUAUUCAAAUGGCAAGAAACCCAAGACUGCAAGUCCCGCCGAUGUCUCCGGCAAUGCUUCAAAAAUUCAAACAGAGUAUAAUAGAUUAUGAGUUCAAUGUCCUGGACGUCAUAGGAUUCAACACGGAAAUUCCGCUUCCUUAUUCAUACAUCACAAACUUCGUUAAUUCAUAUAAUUUGCAGCCAAAAUUAAAAGAUAGCUUUCUUAGAUGUGCAAAUAACUUUGCAAAUGAUAGCUUUAGAACUUUGGUUGCUUUGAAAAAAGAGGCUGAAAAUAUAGCCAGGGCUUGCAUAUUUUUGGCUUCUAAAUAUUUAAAUAUAGAAGCUAUGGUUGUAGCAGACCCUGAAACAGUAGAAAUUAUAUUAGAAUUAUAUAAUAAUUAA